AUGGAGCUUUCGUCUGAUUUGAUAGAGGAGAUACUCUCAUGGGUUCCAUCUAGAUCUCUAGUACUAUUGAAAACCACAUGCAAGCAGUGGGAAACCCUAAUCGCCGAGCCAAGAUUCAUCAAGAAGCACUUGUCACAUAUGCGUGGCCUUGCGCAACAAUUCAUAGUCAUCAACCACAAUCACUUACACUUGUUCACUUUCACAGUGUGUUGUGUAGGUGUCGGCUUCGACGAACUCCUAAACCCUUGUUUGAAUCUGCAGGUUUUGCAACCAAUUUCGACCACAAAUUUAUUGGUAGAGGACAUGUGUCACUGUGAUGGUUUAUUGCUGUUUGUCAUGAGAUCCAAACUUUUAGUUUUGAAUCCUUUGUUGAAACAAGCAAGAUGGAUCAACUGUGACCAGUUCAAGGAUGUGUAUGGAUAUGGUCUUGGAUGUAUUAGUAAUAACCAAUCAUCAGGUCAUUGUGAUUACAGAAUCGUUAGGUUUCUUUGCCGUCCUUGUGAUGUUGGAAAAUCGAGGAUUGAAGUCUACGAAUUCAACUCUGAUUCUUGGAGGGUUGUUGUUGAUAAAAGCUUUGAUGGGUUCUUUCAAGAACCAGAGUCUAGUGUGAGUGUGAGAGGAACCCCUUAUUGGCUAGGUUAUCUAAAUGGUAAAGCUUUUGCAACGAUACAGAGUUUUGAUUUCUCUAAAGAGAGAUUUGCGUCUUUGUUUCUUCCUCCUUCAUGCAUUGGCUCUAAAAAUUUGGAGAAAACUCUUUCUCUAGGCGUUUUCAGAGGAGAAGGGUUCUCUUUGUUACAUAAGCCCUUGGAUACAAAUAAGAUACACUUGUGGGUGAUGAAGAAGCAUUGGAGCAGGCUGAUGACUGUUUCUCCACCUGAAUUUUACAUGUAUCCUAGAUAUACAAGUCACUUCGUUGACAACAAUGGUAAACUUGUGUUAUCUAUCAGUUUAGGGCAUAUGAGCAUCUACAUUAUGGGAGAGAAUCAAGAGUUCCAAAAAGUGAACUGUUGUUCUAUGGAUCCUUCCGUUGGUGGUUCUAGGUUCUAUUAUGUUCCGAGCUUGCUUCCGGUUCCCGGUUUUCUCGAGGCGAGAACAAGAAGGUCAUGUCGUUCAUAUAAGAAAAGAAAAAAAGAGUGGGAAAACAUUUCAUGA